AUGGAAGGUGGUGAAGAGGCAUGGCAAUGGCAGACAGAAAAAAUAUUUUGGUCAGUGAUAGCCAUAGUUGUAAGCUUCCUGGUUUUGACAAUAUUGGAGAAGCUAUGGUUGAAAAUUCAGAGAAUCCGAUCAGUUCUUCAUAAGCAAGGGAUCACAGGACCAACACCUUCCUUCCCAUGGGGCAAUCUCUCAGAGGUUCAACGCAUCCAAUCACAUUACUCCAAUCUCUCCUCUUCCUCGUUCCCAAUCUCAUCAGAUCAAUGGUUUUCCUUUCUCUUUCCAUAUCUCCAACAAUGGAGGAAACAAUAUGGUCCAACAUAUCUGUACUUCAUUCGGAGUAAGCAGCAUUUGUAUGUGGGAGAUCCAGAACUUCUCAAAGAGCUAAAUUUAACAAGGAGCUUGGAUCUUGGUAAGUCUCCCACUAUGUCCAAAGUUGUGAAGCCUUUGUUGGGAGAUGGAAUCCUCAUGGCUAAUGGACAAUACUGGUCCUUCCAGAGAAACAUUAUUGCUCCUCAAUUUUUCCUGUCCAAGAUUCAGAACAUGGUAGCUAUGAUAGAAGAAUCAACAAGGGAAAUCAUGAGGAAAUGGGAGAGGUGUAUCGGAGAAAGUGGAGGGAAAAUGGCUGAGAUUGUGAUUGACAAUGACUUGAAGGCACUCACAACUGAUGUCAUUUGCAAAGCUUGCUUUGGAAGCUCAUAUGUUCAGGGAAUUCAAAUUUUUGAUAAGCUUGCAUCCUUGCAAUCAGCUUUGGCAAAGCCAAGCCUUCCUUUUGGGAUUUCAAUCCUCAGAUAUCUUCCUACCAAGGGAAAUAGAGAAAUAUGGAGGUUGGAGAAAGAGAUAGAGAAGCUAAUUCUGACAGUGGUUGAAGAUCGUGAGAAAGAAAACCAGGGCCAAGUAAAUCUGAACCAAAAGGACUUAUUACAGAUAACUAUUGACAGUGUCACUAUUGAUGCCAAUGAUUAUAGUGGAUGGAGAACAUUGAAGAAGCUAAGGCACAAACAGCACGAAGCAAAGAAACUAAUUGUUGAUAUGUGCAAGAACAUCUACUUCGCUGGAUCAGAAUCCACAGCUGUAUUAGUUACAUGGACUUUGAUUAUUUUGGCAUUCAAUCCUCAGCGGCAAGAAUGUCUUCGCUCAGAGAUUCUUGAUACCUUUCCCAACAUGUCGCCUCACUGCUUCCGUGACAUGGACAAAUUUCGAAAGUUGAAACUAUUGACAAUGGUGAUUCAAGAGUGCCUGCGUCUAUAUUCACCUGGAAUAGUGGUAUCUAGGGAGGCAUUGGAAGAGAUCAAAUUAGGUGAAUUGGUGGUCCCAAAAGGAACAAUCAUUCAGUUCUUCAUCCAAGCAUUGCAUAGAGACGCAGAUAUUUGGGGACAAGAUGCAACAGAGUUCAAGCCUGAGAGAUUUUUGGGAGGAGUUUCAGAGGCGUGUAAGAAUCCAAAUGCUUACAUACCAUUUGGAGUUGGAAGCCGAAUCUGUUUAGCCCAGAACUUUGCUUUGACAGAAGCAAAGAUAAUGCUCUCUCUUCUUCUGUCUAACUUCUCUUUCUCUAUUUCCCCUAAUUAUCGUCAUUUUCCUUCCUACAAGAUGCUCUUGAAGCCUAAAUAUGGAGCACCCAUCCUUGUUACCAAGUUAUAA